AUGGGUAUCACUACGGGAUCCUCCGUGGGCAACACCUUCGAGCUUGUCUAUUCACGCUCUAUUCACGUCUUAUCAAGCUCAUCAAUGUCCAUACCGCCGCAAGACCGCUCAAGAGACGACCCGCCUUCUCCUCCACCUCAGCCCCCACCCAGUCCAGCACACUGGAAUCGUCUCGUCUCGCUCGACUUCCUUGCUCCACUAGAGAUCUGA